GAUCUGCGUGCAUAGGGAUGAAAUACUUAUGGAAGAAGCUGCUAGUACAGGUAGCGAUGCUAGUAUGCUUGGUAACAACGUCUGAAUCGGAAGCUGUGCUGAUACACCCAAAGUGCAAAACUGCCGCCAACUGCCGAGAACAAGCAAAUCAAUCUGGGACUAAAUAUUAUUACGAUGUAAAAGGAUCAAUAGGACAGAACGCCAAGCAGCAAGUAAAAGUGGAAUGGGAAAUGGAGAAGAAGGCAUUGUCGAUAUGUUGCAACUGCCGUCCUGGUAGUCACGGGCUGGCAGUCGAUGAUACUGCUUUGCCGGCAAUGCCGAGGCCCACAGUCAUAAAAUCCUUAGAAUUUGUCGGCUGUUUGGUUCCCAACGUCUCAUACAACGAUGCAAUAAAAGCACUUAACAUUACAUUCUCAUGCAAUGAUUGUGACCUUAAAUUGUUUGCGUUACCUGCGGAACCACGCCUAGAAGGCUACCAUCUGAAAGGACUGGUAUUAAAUAAGCUUACAAUUACUGGUUUGUCGGAAAAUUCAGCCACGCGCCCUAAGAAGGAUUUUCUAAAUGAAUUGAAAGAAUUGAAAAAUUUAGAGCUUAAAGAUGGCGUGGAACUUGAGGAGGAGAUUCAAACACUUCUACCAAAAUCACUUGAAGCACUAUUGCUGUUUAACACUCAUCUGCUGCUGCCGCCGCCUGUAAAUGCAACGGAAAAACACAACCAAAGUCACUGGCUGCAACGGCUGCCCUCUUUGAAAUAUCUUAGAAUAGCGGAAAAAAACACUAAACUACUGAAAAGACCGGUGGUACUACCGCCACUGGCCUAUUUUCCCAAACUAAAUACCUUGUUAUUGAUGGAUAUUUUACUAGCACCAAUUCCUGAUAAUGUAAAAUGGCUGAAAGACUCGAAUCUGCGAAAUCUCAUGAUUAUGGAUUGUGGACUAGAAAAGAUACCGCAUGAUUUCUUCGAAGGUGCCAAUAUAACUAGAAUUUACCUUAAGAACACAACAUUGGGAUCUUUGCCAGAUGACGUGUUUGCUCCUCUAGAGUCAAGUUUACAUGAAUUAGACCUUUCACACAACCAAUUGAAAGGACGAGACCUGGUGCGCGCCGUACAGUCGCUGAAGCAGCUUAAGAUUCUGAAGGUCAACAACAACCCUCUGGGCUCGCUCUGUGGAUCUGGCCAAUAUUAUUAUAAGGUUGAAUCAGGGUUGCCAAAGAAUUUGCGUCGCUUGGAACUGCGCAACACUAAUGCGACGAGAAUCUGCAGUGAUUGGACCGAGAAUGACUGCCUCACUGAAAUAUUUCUUGACAAGAAUAACAUCCAAUUUUUAUGGUACAGCAAUUUGAAAAUGAGACGCGCUGAGAAUAAGCCAGUAAAGCUUAGUAUGAAAAAUAAUAACAAUAACAAAAACCCAUUGCAAAUUAUCAUCAACAAAAGCGACUUCGAUCAAUGUCGGAACGAAAGUUUAUCUCGAAAUGGUGGAACUCGUAAGCGCGUACAAGUUAACCUAAUACUGAACUCUUUGGCAUGCGACUGUAAUGCGUACUGGCUUCGCGAGUUGCUGCGCAGUUGCUCGCUAUUUACGCCAGAGGAGCCUAAUCAUGUAAAGUGCACGACGCCGUCCGGACUAGCAGAGCUACUCGACCACGACCCUCAAAGCUUGACUUGCUCGUACAAUGGUCCCUGCCCUACAGGAUGUUCGUGCGUAAAACGGCAGCCCGACAACGCGACGGUGGUGCGGUGUGCGGGUGCGCUGCCACCGGCUCCAAGCUGGCCGCCGGGUACACCUGGCUACCCGGUAGCGCUGCACGUUGCGCCCGGGACGCUGACUGCCGUGCCGCGCCUCAAGCUAGUGGAACUGCAUGCCCCUAAUAACAAAAUAACCAACAUUUAUAAAGAGGACAUACCUGAUACCUUGCGUGUCCUCGACGUGCGCAACAACAGCAUCGCGCGCAUCACAUCGGCGGCAGCGAAGACGCUCCUGAAUCUGAGCAAACAUGUCGACUACAAGGUGUCGCUUGCCGGCAACCCGCUCGCCUGUGAGUGCGAAGACGAAUACGCGAUCGCGUCGCUUCAACGUGCCAAGAUAACGGAUUGGAAUACGACGCAGUGUGUUGACCGUCACUAUGUUGUUGAUAAGAGGAAACUAUGUAAUGAUAAAAUGCUUCCGACAUCGCUGGGAGUCAUAGGCGCUUUGUUUAUUCUGACAUUAACAGCACUAUUUUUUCUCUGUUUACGGCCGCGCAUUAAUCAGUUCCUUUUUAAUCAUGGUAUGUGCUUGAAAUAUGUGCUGAAAGUUAAAGAUGACGCCGAUGAUCCCAUGAAAACACACGACGUGUUCAUAUCGUAUGCUUAUAAAGAUUUGGAGUUUGCCAAAAAAUUGAUCGAAAAACUUGAAAGGUACGGUAACACCACCAUAGAACACUGCCGUGAUUGGCUUCCAGGAGAAACAGUGAUUCGGCAGAUUACUGACUCCGUAAUGCGUGCACGGCGAACUCUGCUGCUUGUGUCCGAUAACUAUGCUGAAUCAAAGUGGGCUCUAGAAGAGUUCCAUGCCGCGCAUGCACAUGCUAUGGAGCAUGGCUCAGCUCGCGUGAUAGUAGUACUAUGUGAAUUACAAUCGCUUAAGAAAUUACCAGAGGAACUUCAACUUUAUCUUAAACAUAACACGUAUCUUGACUGGAGUGAUCAUUACUUCUGGGACAAGCUGCGGCGAGUCAUGCCCCAGCCACGGGUUGUCCCAUCGUCUGUAAUAGAACAAUCAUUGCACGAUAAACCAGUCCCACCUUCCCAAGAAAUAAUUGCCGAUCCUGCCUUGUUGUUAUCACGGUUAUCUUUGGAUAAUGACCUACCACUUUCUAAGCUGGUGCUAGUCGCACCCGUACAUCAAUCUCAUGAUAGCCCGCAGGAGUCGUCAGCAAAAGAUUCGCCCGUAACCCCAGUGGUGACAGAACCCCCACAACUUGGUAUCAAUGACAGAGCAAGUUUCUGUAGUGUUAAUGUAUCAACUCUUCCGUCGAAUAUCCUCCGGGAAUUGCCAGCCCCUGUGUUUCACGUCGCUGUACCCAGCGCUUGUUAGCAAAAAUAUUUUCCAAGGAC